AUGAUACAUUUCUACGGUCACGGUAUUUUCAUUUGUAUACAGGUGAUUCAAAAUCGGUAUGAUGGGUCAGAAGGAUUCGACCGUACCUGGAACGAGUACAAAGAAGGAUUCGGCGACCUUGACAAGGAGUUCUGGUUAGGAAAUGAGAAGAUCUGGCGAAUGACAAGAGAAGCUCUGUUUCAAUUACUCAUACAAAUAAUGGACUUCGAAAACACUAAAAGUAAGGCAUAUUACCAUAGGUUCUCUGUUGGGAACUCGUCUGUGAACUACGCUUUACAGUUUGGGUGGUACAACGGUAAUGCAGGGAAUGGAUUGGAAUAUCAUCAGGGUCGUCCCUUCUCAGCCCGUGACCUUGACCUUGAUGCUAGCUCCACACACUGCGCGGAUUUGAGCGGAGGCGGAUGGUGGUACGGAGCAUGCUACGAGGUUAACUUGAAUGGCCUGUACAGCACUGCAGGGGGCAACCUUUCUUGGUUGUCAUUGGGCCCACUGAAGAGGACUCAGAUGAAAAUAACCCCGUAUAUAUGAUAUACUGUCCGUUACUCACAUACGAUAAUACUUUAGAUUGUGUAUUAAAAGAGAGAAAUGGCCUCGAUUCUCAGAUGAAGAUGGAAUUCUUAUU